AUGAUCAAGUUUGGAGUAUUACUGGGACUGCUUUUAAUAGGCGUUUGUUCUGGUGAAUUUUGUUUCAAUGAUGUUGAAGCCGCUUGCAGUCCUCGUCCACUCUCUGACGGUACAAUGCUAAAUUGUAAUGCGAAAUAUGGUGCAAUUGACCAAUUAAUGGUUGACUUGCAAAGCUAUGCCAAUGCAAACAUUGAAACGAGCUUUGAGUACUUACUCAUGUCAACGCACUUUGGUAAUUAUGAAACAAACCGUGAAGGAUUCAAAGGCCUUUACCGCAAAAUGUCUGACAGAGCAUGGGAAAAUGCUAUAGACAUUAUUAAAUUCAUCACCAAGCGCGGUGGAAAAAUGGACUUUAAUCAGCUUCCGAGAUACAAGCGAACUGGCAAGGAACAACGUGUCGUUGAGCUUUCUGAAAUAAGCAGCUUGGCCAAAGCUCUGGAUACCGAGAAACAGAUGGCUGAUGAGGCUAUCCGCGUUCACGGACAAGCUCUACACCAUUCCAAACUUGAUUCUUCAGUGGCUCAUUACAUGGAAGAACAGUUCAUGGAACCACAAGCUGAAACUGUAAGAACUCUAGCAGGACAUACUAAUGAUAUGAAGCGUCUUCUCGCUGAUAAUGACGCUUCGUUAUCAAUAUUCAUGUUCGAUGAGUACUUGAAAAAAACUUUGUAAUUUAAUUAUUACUAUUUCUAAAAAUUACCUUCAAAGUUAUUUAUGA